AUCAGAGAUAGGAGAGACGAACAAGAAAAGACGACAUCAUAUAUACCGUACGUUAUAGAGUAGGAAAAUAGAAAUACGAAUGAUGAUCACGGGAGGGCAGCGAAACCCUGCAAGGCUGCAGGUGUCGUCGUCCUUCCUGCUUGCCCUUGUUUUCGCAUCAUCGGUGCUUGUCGGCAUCGUGGCCGGCGGCAGCUUCUACGAGGAGUGCGACGCGACUUGGGAGCCCCAGAACUGCUGGGCCUACGACGAUGGCAACAGGCUCUCCCUCGCGCUCGUCAGCAGUUCCUCAGGUUCCAUGAUCCGGUCGAAGCGGCAGUUCGUGUACGGGACCGUGUCCACCAUGAUCCAGCUUGUCCCCGGCGACUCCGCCGGCACCGUCACCACCUACUAUACGUCGUCGCUGGGCGACAACCACGACGAGAUCGACUUCGAGUUCCUGGGCAACGUGAGCGGGCAGCCCUACACCAUCCACACCAACGUGUACGCUGCCGGCGUGGGCAACAAGGAGAUGCAGUUCAAGCCAUGGUUCGACCCCACCGCCGACUACCACAACUACACCAUCUCCUGGACACCCUGCAUGAUCGCGUGGUACGUCGACGGCGUCCCCAUCCGCGUGUUCCGCAACUACGCGGCGAGCCACGGCGUGGCGUUCCCGACGAGCCAGCCCAUGUACGCCUACUCCAGCAUCUGGGCGGCGGAGGACUGGGCCACGCAGGGCGGCCGCGUCAAGGCCGACUGGUCCAAGGCGCCCUUCGUCGCCAACUACCACGGCAUCGACCUCGGCGUCUGCGAGUGCUACGGCGGGGGCGCCUGCGUCUCCAGCUGCGCCGCGGCGUUCGCCGCCAGCCACUGCAGCCUGAGCGACGCGCAGGUGGGGGAGAUGCGCUGGGUGCAGGGCAGCUACAGGAUCUACGACUACUGCGUCGACCCCAAGCGCUUGGUCAACGGCCAGAGGCCGGUCGAGUGCGACCUGCCGCAGUACUGAACGGAUCGGAGCUCCGAUCAGGUCCUUGUUGCGUAUGAAUGAGGAAGCAAUAAUCAUACGUAUUUACUCAAUCAACAGUGCAAGGGGCCGGCCGGGAAUUCCAACAAGCCGACAUAUACCCACCAGGUUGGGUCGAGUCACGACGAUCAAAGAGGCCGCCCGUCUCACUCGUCUAUUUUCAUGGAUAAUGCAAUUGGUUUUGUGCUCAUUUUACUCUUUUACCGAUAUAUAACUAUGAGUUUUUGAGAAU